AUGGGAGUUUGCUUCAAUCUUCUCUGGGAUGAGCGGGGGCCUGACGCACCAGCAAAAGCUGGAGAGCUGUCGUGUUUGCGAGAACGCUUUCUUUCAGACACGAUCUACACCGCUGUGGGAUCCCAUGCCAUCGUAGCCCUCAACCCUCACAAGUAUGUCAACGCGUCGGCGGACUCUGUGCUCAUGCAGUAUGCCUCUGAGUACCGCGAUGCCGAACGAGAUGGGCCACCGCGCGAGCCGCACAUUUUCCAACUCUCAAACAAUGCCUACUACCACAUGCGUCGCACUACCCAAGAUCAGAGCAUACCCAGCGGCGAGACAGCAAGUGGAAAGUCUGAAAAUAGGCGGUUGGCAAUCAAGUCGAUCCUCGAGCUGAGUGUGCCCAAUCCCGGAAAAAAAGGCUCCAAGUUGUCUCAGCAAAUUCCGGCGGCCGAGUUUGUGCUCGAGUCGUUUGGUAACGCACGCACGCUUUUUAACCCAAACGCUUCCCGAUUCGGAAAGUACACGGAGCUCCAAUUCAAUGACCGCGGGAGGAUCUGCGGUAUCAAGACACUUGACUACUACCUUGAACGGAACCGGGUCGCUGGUGCCCCGAAUGGCGAACGUAAUUUCCACAUUUUUUACUACCUUACAGCCGGUGCCAGCCCCGAAGAACGACAACACUUGGCGCUCACCGAUAAAACUACCUUCCGCUAUCUUGGCGCUGGCCAGCGGCCCAUGGCAGGUAUGCAGCCCAAGCCCGGUAUGAGCGCCGGUGGCAACGAGGACUGGGCUCGAUUUGAACAGUUCAAAAUGGCGAUGAAGCAUGUUGGCAUGUCCAAGCGACACAUUGCCCAGUCAUGCCAGCUCGUGGCUGCCAUUCUUCACCUUGGAAAUCUCGAAUUUACCCGCGAUCGUGCUCGGAAUGAAGACGCUGCCGUGGUGCGCAACACAGAUGUUCUCGAACUUACCGCCGAGUUUUUGGGCUUGCAACCAAGUGCUCUCGAGUCGGUCCUUUCGUAUCGUACCAAGUUAGUGAAGAAGGAACUCUGCACAGUAUUUUUGGAUGAAGACGGCGCGGCGGACAAUCGUGAUGAUCUUGCCAAGACUCUUUAUUCCUUGCUCUUUGCUUGGAUCAACGAAACCAUCAAUCAGCGCCUAUGCAAGGAGGACUUUAGCACGUUUAUUGCACUCUUUGAUCUGCCGGGAAUCCAAAACCUUCCUCCCUCGGCUUCGCGUUCUAACUCUCUCGAUCAAUUCUGCGUCAACUUUGCCAAUGAACGCUUGCACCGAUGGAUCCAACACUCUAUUUUCGAGGCUCACACCGAAGAAUACACUGCCGAGGGCCUCGCCGCCCGCUGGGCUCCUUCAAUCCCCUACUUUGACAACAGCGAGUGUGUCCGAGUCAUGAGCAACAAGCCUGGUGGUCUUAUCCACAUCAUGGACGAUCAAGCCCGACGUAUGCCUCGCAAAACGAACCAGACCAUGGUCGAAGCUUUCGGUAAACGAUGGGGCAAUCACUCGAGCUUCAAGGUCGGAGCCGCAGACCGAAGCGGGCUUCCCACCUUUACCGUCAACCACUUCAACGGCCCCGUGACCUACUCUUCUGAUAACUUCCUCGAGCGCAACUCGGAUGCAUUGAAUCCCGACUUUGUCAGUCUUUUGCGAGGCAGCAGUAGUGAAGUCUUAGGCGGUGGUGAACCCUCUACCGACGGGAGCCGAAACCCGUUCAUUAAGGGUCUUUUCAAUGGGCGCGCGAUCGCUACCCAAGCGCAUCCUCGUAACGAAGAUACCAUCGUCGCUGCUCAACAGCCUCAGAAGCCUAUGCGUGCUCCUUCUACCAGGCGCAAGGGUACCGUCUCCCGACGCAACCGUAUGCCAACACUCGGCGAGGAAGGAGAAAAUGGCGAAGAAGGUGCUGCUGCCGCCGUCGAAGAUAGUUCCCCCUCGGGAAUCAAAUGCAUCGCCGGCGAGUUCCGAAGUGCAUUGGAAACUCUUUUCGAAACGCUCGACGAUACCCAACAGUGGUUCGUUUUCUGUAUUAAUCCUAACGAUGGUCAACUUCCAAACCAACUUGAGGGACGAGGGGUCAAAGCCCAAGUACGAAGCAUGGGUUUACCUGAAAUUGCGCGCAAGAGUGGGGUAGUUUGGGAAGCGAGCAUGACAGCCGAAGAAUUCUUGGAUAGGUACAAGGAGACAGUCGUCAAGGCCGACGUAAGCGAAGGUGAAGGAGGAAUGGAUGAAGCGGCUAGGAUCGGAAGAGUACGGGUGAUGUUGGGUCUUUCAGAUGGUGAUAUUGUGAUGGGACAGGAAAAAGUGUUUUUGAGCCAUGCAGCAUUCCACAAGCUCGAGAAUCCGCUUCGAGCACAAGACUUGGAGGAGCAAAAGCGCAACAAACUACGAGAAAUGGAGGCUGAAGCUGGCUUCGAGCCUCGGGUUGCUGACCCCUACGCGCCGUACCCAUCCCCUGGUAUGGAGCCUCAUUCCCCGUAUUAUGGAGGUGGCAACGCGUACGAUCAAUCGAGCCAACACAUCCCGCUUGUCAGCAACGCCCAAUCUACCCCCCUCAUGGCACCUCAAGCUGGCUUCAUGUACGACGAUGAUAAAUCUAUGGGCGGUAGCGAUGGACGUGGUGGGGAUGACGCUAUGUCUAUGUCCGUUGGAAGCGAAUCCUAUGCGCCUAGCCGUCAACUCUUUACCGCCGCGGACCGGCAACCUGUCCCCGAUAAGGAAGCACUGCCUGGAGAGGUUAUGAGCGGUGAAACGGCCGAAGAAGUCAAGACGACUGCAGCACGCCGAAGAUGGGUUGCUCUUUGCUGGAUGCUCACUUUCUGGGUUCCCAACUUCAUGUUGACCUACGUUGGCCGAAUCAAGCGCAUCGACGUUCGUCAAGCUUGGCGCGAAAAGUUUGCAAUCAACAUAAUCAUCUGGUUCUUUUGCGCUUGCGGUAUUUUCAUCAUUGCGGUCCUUGGUCUCUUGAUUUGCCCCACCGAACACGUGUUUAGUCAGACCGAGCUGCAGAGCCACUCGAGCACCAACGAUCCAAAUAAUGUCUACACUUCGAUCCGAGGCGAGGUUUUCGAUUUAUCGAACUUGGCGACUGCGCACACAGUUCAGAUUAGGGUUGUUCCAGCUAAAUCUAUACUGAACUAUGGUGGGGCUGACGCGACCGAUUUGUUCCCGGUUCAAGUUAGCGCCUUGUGCAACGGCAUAACGGGAACGGUCAGCCCCUGGGUUAUUCUCGACUCUAAGAACCAGACCACGAACGUCAACGCCCAAUAUCAUGACUUCCGGGCCUUUACAAACGAUCCUCGCGCUGAUUGGUACUAUGAGAGCAUGGUUCGGAUGCGAUACAUGUAUCGCAAGGGCUUUGUGGGCUACCAACCCAAGGAAAUCUCGAACAUGGCCCAGAACAAGAGGGCGGUUGGUAUCAUCGAUGAUAUGGUCUACGAAGUGACCAAUUUUGCACCUGGUAUUCGUGUACCGGAAGGCGAACAGGCUCCUGCCGGUAUCACCCGCGACUUCAUGUCACAAGAAAUUCUCACUAUGUUCAUGCAGAACUCUGGUUCGGAUAUGUCUAAAUUGAUCAAUCAACUCGGACUGGACCCAGAUGUGCUGGCUCGUCAGCGAACCUGUCUUCGUAACUUGUUCCUUAUCGGCAAGGUCGACCAUCGUAACUCUCCUCAAUGCCUGUUUGCCACUAACAUCUUACUGGCGCUCUCGAUUGUCAUGGUUGCCAUUAUCGGGUUCAAGUUUAUUGCUGCAUUGCAUUUCGGUGCCCCUCGUGCACCUGAAGAUCACGACCGCUUCGUCAUCUGCCAAGUGCCUUGUUAUACUGAGGGUGAAGAAUCGCUCCGUCGCACAAUUGACUCAUUGGCCAAGCUUCGUUACGAUGAUAAGCGCAAGUUGCUGUUCGUCAUUUGCGACGGUAUGAUUGUUGGUUCCGGUAACGACCGUCCAACACCACGCAUUGCUCUUGACCUGCUCGGUGCGGACCCUAACGUCGAUCCGGAGCCGUUGUCGUUCUUGAGUCUGGGAGAAGGUGCCAAGCAGCACAACAUGGGCAAAGUCUGGUCUGGUCUCUACGAGUGUGAAGGACACGUUGUGCCUUAUAUCGUCGUCGCCAAAGUCGGCAAACCUACCGAGCGUAGCAGGCCUGGUAAUCGUGGAAAACGUGAUUCGCAGAUGGUGUUGAUGCAUUUCUUGAACAAGGUUCACUUCAACUCGCCAAUGAACCCACUGGAACUCGAGCUUUACCAUCAAAUCAAGAACGUCAUUGGUGUUAAUCCAACGUUUUAUGAAUAUGUUCUCAUGGUUGACGCUGAUACAACUGUCGAGCCCCUGUCACUUAACCGACUGGUUUCUGCUAUGAUUCACGACAAGAAGGUCCUGGGUGUUUGCGGAGAGACAUCGAUCACCAAUGCAAAGCAGUCCAUUAUCACAAUGAUGCAAGUUUACGAAUACUUUAUCUCCCACCACUUGGCCAAAGCAUUCGAGAGUUUGUUUGGCUCGGUUACUUGCUUGCCCGGCUGUUUCACAAUGUAUCGCCUGCGCUCUCCUGAUACUCACAAGCCGUUGUUUAUUGCUCAACAGGUCAUUGACGACUAUUCGGAGAAUCGCGUCGACACCCUGCACAUGAAGAACUUGCUCCAUCUUGGUGAAGAUCGUUACUUGACCACGCUCCUACUCAAACACUUCUCAAACUACAAGACUCAAUUUGUCCGCGAUGCACAUGCCUACACAGUCGUACCUGACGAGUGGUCUGUUUUGCUUUCCCAACGUCGUCGCUGGAUUAAUUCGACCAUCCAUAAUUUGGCUGAGCUUGUGUUUUUGGAUCGGCUUUGUGGUUUCUGUUGUUUUUCCAUGCGGUUCAUCGUGUUUAUGGACUUGAUCUCGACGGUUACUCAGCCGGUCACCGUUGCUUAUAUUGUGUAUCUCGUCUACUUGGUCGUCGGCGAAGACAAGCCUGUUCCUCAGCUCGCUCUCAUUAUGCUUGCAGCAAUUUACGGUCUACAAGCGUUGGUCUUCAUCUUCCGGCGCAAGUGGGAUAUGAUUGGCUGGAUGAUCUUCUAUAUCCUCGCUAUCCCCGCUUUCUCUUUCCUGCUGCCGCUCUACUCGUUCUGGAAGAUGGAUGACUUCUCUUGGGGUUCUACACGUUUGGUCGUCGGUGAAGGUAACAAAAAGAUGAUUGUCCAUGACGAGGGUAAAUUCGAUCCACGAUCGAUUCCGCUCAAGACCUGGACAGAUUAUGAAAACGAACUCUGGGACAAGGAAUCAAACCAUUCGAUCGGUUCUUGGGUACCUCCUUCAAAGAAGGAAAUUCCCUGGGAUGCUCAGACCCAAUCCAUGUACGGACGUGAAACUCUAUUCGAUCAGCCCAUGUCCCGUGCCUACUCUCCGGCGCCGUCGCAAGGUGGUAUGUACAUGCCGGCGCAUCAUGGCAACUCCGGUUCAGGCGGACGUGGCACUCCUGUGGGUGGACGUCCAUAUGCACAAACGACCAUGUCUCGCCCUGGAACGAACUAUCUCGACAUGCCCACGCACAUGUUCUCCGGAGAUGGCCCAAGCGACGCUGAAAUAGAGAAGGCCAUCCAAGACAUACUUUCUAGCGCAGACAUGAGCCAAGUUACCAAACGCUCGGUCCGAACGCAGCUCGAGAAUGGCUUUGGUGUCAAUUAA